AUGACCUCUGGUGUCACCCCCGAAGUGGAAUUGGAGUCGUUCUUGCCGCAACCACACUCCCUCAAUUACUUUGAGCACCAGGACCACAAAAAUAUGGGGAUCGUUGGCCUUACCGUGGAUAUACCUUCGUCUCGACGGCCGGACACAAGGACUGACAGGAAACACUCUCCCCCUCGGUGGAAGACGGUCGAAUUCAAAUGUUAUGCCACGAUAGCAUGCAUAGUGAUACCCAUAAUGUUCUGGAUACCGAUGACACUCAGCAGCUCUACGCACCCUAAUUAUCCUCUCUAUGCACCCCGUCUUUCCAAGGGAUGGAUGUUUGGGCGCAAAGUGGACAAUAGCGACGACCAAUACCGUUCGUUUCGUACCAAUAUACCAUCGCUUUCAGCAGCAGCAUUAAUUUAUCUUACCCUCAAAUCUCUCUACGUUCGCGUCGCUGGAACCUCUAAACCGGAUUCUACCCAUUUAAUCCCGUUCAACCUCGCAUUUUCCAUCCUAAUGCUUCUUGCUUUGCAUGGAAGCAGCAUACUUAAGAUAUUGCUAAUACUGACCAUAAAUUUUGCUAUUGCGAAAUGCUGUGGUCCGUCGAAACUGGCUCCGUGGCUAAUCUGGACCUUCAACGGAGCCAUUUUGCUCGCCAACGACAGAUACCAUGGAUACGUCUUUGGCGAUAUCGUCCCGGCUCUCUCGUUCCUGGAUGAAUGGGACGGCCUAUAUCCCAGAUGGUACAUUAGCUUCAAUAUCACUAUGUUGAGGUUAGUCUCCUUCGGCAUGGACUAUCAUUGGGCGUGCAAGCACCCCGGAAAACUCAAUAUAGACUCCAAUCUGAACGAAAAGACCCGUGUAUCCACGGUCCAUUCUUUGGAAAUGUAUUCGUUUAUCAACUACCUAUCUUACGCCAUAUAUUCGCCGUUGUAUAUCGCUGGCCCAAUUAUGACGUUCAACGACUAUGUCUGGCAGCAUCGCAAACCGAUGUCCGUCACAUGGCGGUACACAUUAGGCUAUCUGCUGAGAUUCCUGGCGUCCCUCCUGACUAUGGAAUUUAUCUUGCAUUUCAUGUAUGUAGUCGCCAUCAAGAACAAGAAGGCUUGGGGAGGGGAUACACCGGCCGAAAUCAGUAUGAUAGGCUUCUGGAAUCUCGUCAUUGUCUGGCUGAAGCUGCUGAUACCUUGGCGAUUCUUUCGUCUUUGGGCGCUCUUGGAUAAUAUCGAUCCGCCAGAGAACAUGGUGCGUUGUAUGGCGAACAACUAUUCUACAUUUGGCUUUUGGAGAAGUUGGCACCGUAGCUAUAACCUGUGGAUCAUCAGAUAUAUUUACAUACCCAUGGGGGGAGCGAAAAGCGUGGUUUUGAAUAGCGUUCUCGUCUUUACAUUCGUAGCCUUAUGGCACGAUCUCACCUUUCGCUUGUUGGCAUGGGGGUGGCUGGUUAGCUUGUUCAUUAUUCCGGAAUUGUUGGCUAGUUCUGUGCUUCCAGCCUCCAAAUAUGAUCAACGCUGGUGGUAUCGGCAUGUAUGCGCGCUUGGAGCUGUGGGCAACAUGAUGAUGAUGAUGGCAGCCAACCUUGUUGGAUUCGUUAUUGGAACCGAUGGCGUCCAGUUCUUCCUACAGAGACUUACUGGAAGCAUCGAAGGCGAGUCAUACCUAGAAGCCACUGCAUGUCGUCACAAAAUUCACACUUCGACUUCUGGCAGGCACAAGAUUUUUGGUGCUUUCCGUGUUCUGCAUGUUUGUCGCGGCCCACCUUAUGUUCGAGUACCGGUAAGUUCUAAUUGUCUACUGGAUUAG